CUGGCGGGUCCGCCCUCCUCGGCGUGGUGUGUGGAGCACGUUUACCUUUUUCGGCGGAACCGAGGGAGUCCUGGCCUCACUUGGCGCGGAGGGGUAGGUUCCGUGAAAGGAUGAAGUCGCGAAGGCUGUGCAGCGAAGGGACGUUGGUGCACAUCCCGGCGCUGAACAAUCCCAGGGCUCAUUCAUUCGCUCGGUGGGCGCCCACUACACACUGCCUUGCUCGGCCUGCCUCCUUGGGACAAGCUUGGAGACCCAGUGAUGGCCCACAAGCAGCUGCUUCCUGGGCCCCAGGUCUUGGUUUCCUUCGAGGAAGUGGCCGUGCUCCUUUCCCAAGAGGAGUGGGGCCGUCUGAGCCCUGCUCAGAAGGGGCUCUACAGGGAUGUGAUGCUGGAAACCUAUGGGAACCUGGUCUCGCUGGGACUUCAAGGUUCCAAACCUGAUGUCAUCUCCAAGCUGGAGCAGGGGAAAGAGCCAUGGGCCCCACACUCACCAAGAAUUGAGGGGAGCUGGAUCUGGAGACGCAGGCGUGCAGGUUAUGACUCUAGGAAGGAAAAAAAAGAAUUGACUCCAAAGCAGGAAAUUUCUGAAGAAAUGGAAUCCCAGAGAACAAAAUUAGAAGAGCAUGUAAGGAAUAUUUCCAAGGAAUCUGAUUUUGAAGAGAUGACUAAAACUGAGGGAAAGCUAAAGAAUUGCUGGGGGAAAUAUGCAGUGGAGGGACUUAAGAAGGAUUUCCCCCAGAAGAGUAAUUUCAGGCCAGUGACAGUGACACAUGUGAAAACCCCCUUGGGGGAAAGAGGUCCGAAAUUCAGUGCAGCUGAGGUAAGUUGCGCUGCAGACACAAGUUCUGUCAGAAACUGCAGGCUGUCUUCAGGGAAAAGUCUCCACCAGAGUGUGCCACGUGUAGAAAACUUCCAAACAAGUAUGGACCUCACUAACCUCCAAAGUUUCUGUGUAGGAGAACAAGGCUGUCAGGCAGAUGUGUUUGUGAAAGUGCCCAGGCAGAGUUCAGUUUUCAGUGAGAACCAGAGGAUUAACAGUCCAGAAAAAACCUUUGAAAAGUGUGCUGUGUGUGGAAUAGCUUUUGGUCAGAGCAGAGCUCUCAUUCAGCACCGGAGAAUUCACAGUGGGGAGAAGCCCUGCGGGUGUGAGGAACGUGGCAGAGCUUCCCAUGCCCGUCCCUACGCCAUGCAGCACUGUAACACUUAAACUGGAGAAAGACCCUGUGAGGCUAACGGAUGUGAGAAAGCUCUUAGCACAUGUCCGUCUUACAUUCAGCAUUGUGAAGUUCACACUGGGGCGAAGCCCCACGAGUGCAGUCAGUGUGGAAAAGCCUUUAGUCAUAGCUCUAACCUGAUCCAUCAUCAGAGAGUGCAUAGUGCAGAGAAGCCAUACAUGUGUGUGGAAUGUGGGAAAGCCUUCCGGAGACAGUCACACCUCACUCAGCAUAAGAGAACCCAUUCUGGAGAGAAACCCCAUGACUGUGCUGAGUGCGGCAAAGCCUUCAGCGCACGAUUAUCUCUCAUUCAACAUCAGAGAACUCACACAGGAGAAAAACCCUAUGAGUGUAACAAAUGUGGAAAAUUCUUUAGCCUGAACCGAACCCUUAUUGUUCAUCAGAGAAUCCACACUGGAGAGAAACCCUAUAGAUGUAAUGAAUGUGGAAAAUCCUUCAGUCAGCGCUCACAAGUUAUUCAACAUAAGAGGGUUCACACUGGAGAGAAGCCUUAUAUCUGCAAUGAGUGUGGGAAAUCCUUCAGUGCUCACCUGUCCCUCAUUCAGCAUCAGAGAAUUCACACUGGAGAGAAACCUUAUGGGUGUAAUGAGUGUGGGAAAACCUUCAGUCAAAAAGGACACCUUAUUCAGCAUCAGCGAAUUCACACUGGAGAGAAGCCCUAUGAGUGUAAUGAGUGUGGAAAAGCUUUCAGCCAGAGUUUUAAUCUCAUUCACCAUCAAAGGACACACAAUGGCGAGAGGCCCUACAGGUGUAAUGAGUGUGACAAAGCCUUCAGUGUUCUCUCCUCCCUUGUCCAGCAUCAGAGAGUGCACAAUGGAGAGAAACCCUACGAGUGCCACAGCUGUGGGAAGGCCUUUAGUCAGGGCUCACACCUAAUCCAGCACCAGAGGAGUCACACUGGAGACAAACCCUACGAGUGUAGCGAGUGUGGGAAAACCUUUGGACAGAUAUCCACCCUAAUUAAGCAUGAGAGGACACACAAUGGGGAGAAGCCCUAUGAGUGCGGCGACUGUGGGAAAGCUUUCAGGCAGAGCGCACACCUCAUCCGCCAUCGAAGAAUUCACACUGGGGAGAGCCCUUUCACGUGUAGUGACUGUGGGAAGGCCUUCAACGUCCGCUCCUCCCUCAUUCAGCAUCUCAGGGUUCACACCGGCGAGAAGCCUUACGAGUGCAGCGAGUGUGGCAAGGCCUUCAGCCAGCAUUCACAGUUUACUCAGCAUCAGAGGGUUCACACUGGAGAGAAACCCUACAUGUGCAGUGAAUGUGAGAAAUCAUUCAGUGCACGCUUGUCCCUUAUCCAACACCAGAGAAUUCACACUGGAGAGAAGCCCUAUAAAUGCACUGAAUGUCAAAAAUCCUUCCGACAAAGCUCUCACCUCAUUCGACAUCAGAGAAUCCACAGUGGAGAGCGACCUUACAUGUGUAGUAGAUGUGGGAAAACUUACAACCAGAGAAUAUCUCUUAUUAGUCAUGAGAAAGUUCACAGACUCCACGGUGGAGAGCAAGCCCGUCAGUGUGACGAGUGUGGGGAGCUCUUUGGCACACAGGCAGCAUUCAUGCAGCACCGGAAGGUUCACAGUGGAGAGUGACUCACUCUGAUACGUUCUUCACAGUUUUACAGCAGGAGAGUUCUACUGAUAAGAAAGCUCACUUUAUGACUUUCCUUUUGGAAAUUCAGCUCUUAAGGAAUUAAACUAUCUCCCAAUGUGCUACUCACUGAAUGUAGGCUGCUGAAUUAUGUGGUAAACAUUCCAAGGUAACAUGCCUUCCCUCAGACCCAGAGAAUGGCUCUCUGCUUGAGUGUUUUAAAUGAAUGCAACUUAAAUAUACUUUCCUAAAUCAUGUUUUUAUAGCACCAGACCUUAGUGUACAGUUAGGUGUUUCCUUUGGCCCCUGCCUUUCUUUUCUUUCCUCUUCAUCAUCUAUUUCAGCUUCAGGAAAAGUAACUGGGAUCCUUGGACUUAGGAGUGUGAUGGAACUGGGUUGGGGUUUUCUUAUUUGUUUGUUUGUAGGGCCUUUUCAAAAUGUUUUUGUUCUAUUGUGAGGGAUAUGAUACCUUUAAUUUCAAAGGGGUUGUCCCUUUUCAGGAUCCGGUAAUCCACAGAGGUAAGAAGGCAUAUGAGUAUAAGCAGAGUUUGUUAUGGAAUGAGGUGAGGCUUGUGUGUAGAUUCAAACUGUUGAGAUCGUGCUAGGAAUUCAAGUGACUCAUGUAAACUGGGGUUUCCUACAGGGUAAUUUGAAAACAAAAAACCCCAUGAAUUGGAGGGGUGGAAUAGGCAUAAAGUAGACACAGGCUGGCUUGGGACCCAGGACGCAGCUUACAGAUUCUGUUGGUAUAUUCUGGAUCCACUUCUGAGGGAGAGGAGGUGAGUGGUUGGAGCUGUUCCCUUUCACUGGGCGGCCUCGCACUGAGCAGACUCUGGUGAGAAGGGCAGGUCCUCCUGCUGCCAGAGGACAGGACUCCAGGUGAGGCAGGGACACGGCAUUAAGCACCUUUUCGUGGGUAGGUUAUCGCUCAGGCUGUUGGUCAGCCUUGGACCCCUGUCUGCAUGCUGUAAACAUGCUUUUGUCCCUCCCAGGAGCUGUAAUAGUGGUGUCUCAGUGCCCGUGGUCCUCCCACCUAAUGCCUUGAGGUGGUGCUAAACAUCCUGGGAGCUGAUUUCCUGAGCACAGUCUUCAGAGUGGCUGCCCCUGGUUCAUCACGUGUGGUUCACUCCAGUGUCCUCAGAACCCCAUUCUCCAGAAGUUUCUAUGGCACUUCCUUCUGUUUUUGUGGAGGAAAGAUUAGCAUCAAAAUGGGCUGAAAAAGGGUUAUAAAUAUGAGAGAUUCAGCAGAAGGAGUCUGUGAGAGACAGUUCUAGAAACAAAUCUGGCAAUUGAAAGUGGCUGUUGAGAGUCUGAUGAGAAGCUGGUACCGUGUGUGAACCCUUGAGAAGGGACUAACAGGAUCUGGGAUGGGCUAUAGUGGGAUGGCGCUUUAUGAAUAAGGCAGGGUAAGAAUGGAGUGAAAGAGGAGCAGUGAAUUGCUUAAUAGCUGGACAUUCUAUUCCUUUAUAGUAUCCUUUUUAGUAAUAAGUUUAUUCCUAUUUUCCUGCUUUAUUAAAGAAACUUUCUCUUAGAA